AUGCCAGCCCCACUGCUCCCGCUGCUGCUGCGCACCCUGUUGUCCCGCCUUCUGCUGCCCGCCGCCCGCCUCGCCCGCCAGCACCUCCUGCCCCUGGUCCACCGCCUCGCCCGCCGCCUGAGGUCCGAGGACACCCGCCGGGCGCUGCUGAGCUGCCUGCUCUUCGCCCUCAACCUGCGCCGCCCCCCAGACGCUUAG